AUGGGACUUCGAAAGUCUGUCAACAUGAGCCUGUUUGCGAUGUCUUUGUCAGACCUGAUUGGGCUAACAUUUCAGAUCUGGCACAACUUUUGUCAGAACCCGUACCUGGAAAAUACAGAUAUACCUGUGGAUUUUAUGACUGUGCAAAUACUGACAGCUGGAUGUCCCAACAUAGCCAUGACACGCAUCACUUGUUGGAUCACAAUGUACAUCACAGCUGAGAGAUGUCUUUCUGUUCUUGUUCCUUUUAAGGUCCAACGCAUUCUGACAUUCAGGAGGACACUUAUCAUCCUUAUGCUCAUCUACAGCAUUAAUUUAUCCUUCUUUCUGCCCAUCUACGCGGCAGAUUAUCUCAGCUGGAAGUACUUCCCUAGUCUAAAUAUGACUAAGAUUAGCAUCUACCGUUGGGACAACAUUGCUACCAUCAAUGUAUUGUUGGAUAUGUCACAUCUGACUCUUUCUGUGAUAGCUUUUGUCUUUGUCGUAGCAUUUACCUCUAUCUUGGUGGUGAUUAUGAAGAAGAGUUCUAAAUGGAGAGCGACCGUGACCUUCAGUAAGCAUCAGAACGAGGCUCAGCCCAGACGUGAGAAUAAAACUAUUGGCAUGGUGGUCCUGGUAGCCACGGUUCUAAUCGUCUGCUACACUCCUGGCGUCACGUGCUCUUUAAUUAGGACUGUCUCCCCAGAGUUCAACUUGUUCGCCCAGCAAGUUAAUCUGUAUCACGUGAUCUGGUCAUUUUGUUUCCUUUUCCAUUCCAUCAACUCCAGCCUCAGCGUCAUCGUGUAUUACAAGAAGAGUUCUAAAUAUAGAAACACGUUCCAAGAACUUUUCCCAGCCUUUAAAUCUUAA